GGGGGGCUCUGCGUGCCCGGGGACUGCAUCACGGCACCGUGACUCAUCCCCCGCCGCCGCGACGUCACCGCCCGCACCCCGCUGCCGUGACGUCACCGCCCGGCAACUCCGACGUCAGCCCCGCCGCCGGGGAUGCGCUGCGGGCGCCGCCCCCCCCCCCCCCGAGGGGGGGCACACGCAAAUGAGAUGUAAAUCAAGCGGGAGCAGGGAGCGUGUGUGUGUGGGUGUCCUGCGUGCAAACGAGAUGCAAAUGAUAUGCAAAUGAGCCUCGGACCCGUGCCGGAGGAUCCGGCAGGCAUAGUCUAAUCAGAUGCAAAUGAGACGGAGGGAUGCGGCGCGGGGUCCCGGGGCGGUAUGCAGAUGAGAUGCAAACGAGCCCCGCGGACCCAUCGCCGCCCUCCCCCUGCGUCAACACGUCAUCACGUCGGCCCCGAGGGGCUGCCAUGGCAACCCCCCGCCGCCGCUCCCCCCGCCCAGCGCGCCGGGCGCGCCUCUCUGACCUCACUUCCGGCGCAGCCCUGCCGUCCGUUCCGGAAGCGCGGCUGCGGCGGGAGGCCUGGCCCGCUGCCCCGUCAUGGCGGAUGAUGGCGGCGAGGAGAAGAAGCAAGUGGCCAAGUUCGAGCUGGAGCGGGAGACGGAGCUGCGCUUCGAGGUGGAGGCGUCGCAGACGGUGCAGCUGGAGCUGCUCACCGGCAUGGCCGAGGUCUUCGGCACCGAGCUCACCCGCAACAAGAAGUUCACUUUCGACGCCGGCGCCAAGGUGGCCGUCUUCACCUGGCACGGCUGCACCGUGCAGCUCAGCGGCCGCACCGAGGUGGCCUACGUCUCCAAGGACACCCCCAUGUUGCUCUACCUCAACACCCACACGGCCCUGGAGCAGAUGCGGCGGCAGGCGGAGCGGGAGGAUGAGCGGGGGCCCCGCGUCAUGGUGGUGGGACCCACUGACGUGGGCAAGUCGACAGUGUGCCGCUUGCUGCUGAACUACGCGGUGCGGCUGGGGCGCCGGCCCACCUUCGUGGAGCUGGACGUGGGACAGGGCUCCGUCUCCAUCCCCGGCACCAUGGGUGCACUCUACAUCGAGCGGCCUGCCGACGUGGAGGAAGGCUUCUCCCUCCAGGCCCCACUCGUCUACCACUUUGGUUCCACCACGCCUGGCACCAACAUCAAGCUCUACAACAAGAUCACAUCCCGCCUGGCCGACGUCUUCAACCAGCGCUGCGAGGUGAACCGCCGCGCCUCUGUGAGCGGCUGCGUCAUCAAUACCUGCGGCUGGGUAAAGGGCUCGGGCUACCAGGCGCUGGUGCACGCCGCCUCCGCCUUCGAGGUGGAUGUGGUGGUGGUGCUGGACCAGGAGCGGCUCUACAACGAGCUGAAGAGGGACCUACCCCACUUCGUGCGCACCGUCCUGCUGCCCAAGUCCGGCGGGGUGGUGGAGCGCUCCAAGGACUUCCGUCGGGAGUGCCGAGACGACCGCAUCCGGGAGUAUUUCUACGGCUUCCGGGGCUGCUUCUACCCUCACGCCUUCGACGUCAAGUUUUCCGAUGUCAAGAUCUACAAGGUGGGAGCUCCCACCAUCCCGGACUCCUGUCUGCCCCUGGGCAUGUCACAGGAGGAUAACCAGCUGAAGCUGGUGCCGGUGACGCCGGGGCGUGACAUGGUGCACCACCUCCUGAGUGUCAGCACCGCCGACAGCCCCGACGACAACAUCUCGGAGACCAGCGUGGCCGGCUUCAUCGUUGUCACCGGUGUUGACCUGGAGCGCCAGGUCUUCACCGUCCUAUCCCCUGCUCCUCGUCCGCUGCCCAAGAACUUCCUCCUCAUCAUGGACAUCCGCUUCAUGGACCUCAAGUAGAGGACGAGCGGGCCUUCCUCCUGCCCGUGCCCGCUCCUCCUCCUCCUCUUCCUCGUCUGGCGGGGUCCCCUGCAAAUGCGGGGGGACGAGCACAAGUGCCCGCACCUUGAUUUUGUACUUUUUGUAGCGUUUGUUAUUAAAUCUCGAAGCCUUUU